AUGAAAAUUUAUACAAAACUUUCACGUGAAAUUAAAACAUGUGUUCAACUUGGAGGAGCAGGAUCUGAUAAUUUAAGAUUACGUUUAUGUCUUGAAAAGGCUAGAAAGAACAAUGUUCCAAAACAUAUUGUUGAUGGUGCUAUUAAAUCAGGUUUAAAUGAAAAGGAUGCUAAUAUGGAAUAUAUUGGUUAUGAAGGAUAUGGAGCAGGUGGUGUUGCAGUUCUUGUUGAUUCAUUAACAGAAAAUAAGAAUAGAACAGCUCAACAAGUAAGAACACUUUUUUCAUUACACAAAGGUCAAUUAGGUACAUCAGUUCAAUGGUGUUUUGAAAAGAAAGGAGUUGUUAACUUUACAAUUCCAAUGUCUCAUUCAAAGAUGGAUAUUAUUUAUGAUAAUUUAUUUGAAAAAGUAUCAGAUAUGGAUGGUGUUGAAGAUUUAAAAAUUGAACCAACUCAAAAUGAUAUGGAAAAGGAAUUUUUAGAAUGUUCUCUCUUUUGUUCACCUGAAUCUGUUCAUAAUUUAAAAUCUCUACUCGACACUGAAAAGACAAAUAUUGAAAAGGGUAUGAAUAUUACCAUUCAAAAUAUUACAUGUGAAAUUGGUCAAGUUCCAACUUCAUUUAUUGAAAUUACUGAUCCAGAAGUUGCUGAAAGUAUUCAAAAUCUUAUUGAAAAAUUGAAUGAUCACGAUGAUGUACAAAAUGUUUAUCACAAUGCUCUAUUCAACAUUCCAGAAGAACAAGAUGAAUAA